CGUGUACACCUGUGGACAAACCACUCCCUAUGAGAAGAACUCCUCCUGGAAGAGAUGUCAAGGGAAACAGUGAGCAUUCAAACAGUUUGUUUCACCAGGCAAUACUCUUAUAGUCAGAUGUCUGACUCAAUACAACUGGAGUAGAAGCGGAUUUACUCUCUGAUCAGAUUGGAGCUGUUGUUUCCAAAUCAGAAGCGUCACACAGCCAACAUGAAAUUAAAAGUGAGGGCCCUAAUGCUACUGCUGUGUGUGACUACUAUCUGUGUGUUAUGGAGAGGAUAUACGUCAUGCUCCCUGCCUCAGGAGAAAAGGCCCUGUGCUUGUGAGCGAUGUUUAUCUGAAGAUGAUCCGUGGUUUAUGAAGCGUUUCAACAAAUCUGUUGAACCAUUUUUGUCAGCAAACUACAAUCUCUCAGAGGACAUUUUCAACUGGUGGAAGCGUUUACAGGGUGAAAAGGGCAACUUCAGUACCUUCAGACAAACAGUGGACAGGCUGUUUCUGACGGUCCCACCCAGUCCAGAUCUUCUAGAAUCCAGCCCUGACCGCUGCAGGACUUGUGUUGUGGUGGGGAAUUCUGGUAAUUUGAGGAGAACACAUUAUGGACCUCUCAUUGAUUUCCAUGACAUCAUUAUAAGAGUGAACGCUGGUCAAAUCAAAGGCUAUGAAGCAGAUGUUGGGACCAGAACAACUCAUCGUGUCAUGUAUCCAGAGAGUUCUAUGGAUUUAGAUAACACCACUCAUCUUGUGCUGGCUCCAUUUAAGACGGUUGAUUUUGAGUGGCUCAUGAAGGCCCUCACUACAGGAUUUAAGGCAAUGCCAGAAUGGAUAGUAAGAAGAAAGAUGACAGGUAACAAGGAUUUAGUGAUGAUCCUUAAUCCAGUUUUCACAAAGUACGUUCAUGACAUGUGGCUGGAAAAGAAAGGUUAUUACCCCUCCACUGGCUUUCUGGCUUUGGUUCUUGCCCUGCAUAUGUGUGACGAGGUCAGUGUGUUUGGUUAUGGAGCAGACAGUGAUGGAAACUGGAGUCAUUACUGGAGAUACUGAGUAUAGAAUGAUCCAGGAGCUAGAUGAGCAUCAGAAACUCAAGUUUUAUACAGGGUUCUGAUGUUUCUCUCAGCAUUUAAAUGAAGGUUAGUAGUAGGUAACAGUAGAAGAACCUGAAGGGAUUUCUGAGCUGCAGUUUGUCCUCUGUUUAGACAAAUACUGAUUUUUGUGUUUUUGCAUGUGUAUGUAAAUCUCCUUAAUUUACAGGGCAAAUGCCACUUCUGAAGGAUUAUUUGCAUGCAUUACUGACAAGUAGAGUCACUGUGUUUAUAUACAUGUAUAUACUCUAUAAAGCCAACUAUAGAAUGCACAAGUUAUAGAUUGUGAAAAGUAGAAUAAAUGUCAUGGAUAAAAAUCAGUGUCAAAACAUCUUGUGAAUAGGAAAGGUUGGGGUAACGGCGAAGUAUACUGAACCUAAUUUAAUGUAUUUACUGAUGUGAUAACUAAACA